CUCUCCUUUCCGACUCCAACCUGUCCUCUGCCAAUGAGACUGCCUUGAUGGUGCAGGAAUGACUGCCGAGAGCCAGCGGCCACCGUCGGAAGAGCCGUGCUGUGUGUGGAACAGGAACCCGGUGGAAGUGAAGGUGGAGAAGGAGCCUGUGGCGCAAAGCCCCGCAGAGCUUCGUCGCGGAAGGAGGCGCAAGCGGCCUCUCCAGCGGGACAAACCUCCUUACAGCUACAUCGCCCUUAUCGCCAUGGCGAUCGCCAGUUCCCUGGACAGAAAACUCACCUUGGGUGGAAUCUACAGGUUCAUCACAGAACGCUUCCCCUUCUACCGGGAAAAUUCCAAGAAAUGGCAGAACUCCAUCAGGCACAAUCUUACCCUCAAUGACUGCUUUGUCAAGGUUCCCCGUGAGCCAGGACGACCUGGGAAGGGAAACUAUUGGACACUCGACCCAGCUGCCGAUGAUAUGUUCGAGAGUGGCAGCUUCUUACGAAGGCGUAAGAGAUUCAAGAGGUCGGAUAUCUCUACUUACUCUGCCUACAUGCAAGAAGCGAACGCCUUCAGUCCGGUACAAGCAGGCAGACCUUACUCAAGACCGCUAUAUGCCAACAUGGGUAUCAACGCCAACUAUCCCCCGGCCCUCCCGACAUACCCUACUGCCCAUUAUCCAUCCUCACCCUCCGCCUUCAGCAAUAGCCAGUCAAGGAUGUACAAUUUCAGCAACAUGACGGAGCACCACAGUCCGGGGGCAGAGCUGGCCCACCACGCCACCAGCCCGUUUCUUUCGGAGUUGAGUCCUAGUUAUACCAAUAUUGGAAUGAGUUCCUACCAUCCUCAGACCUGCAGCGGACCCAUGCUUCCCAGAAAUUCUAGCGGUGAUUCCUACCCCUACACCAGGUCCAACUCACAUCUCCAAAUGGAUCAGUCUGCUUGUUGUCUCGCCAAUAACCAAGCGUAUGACACCUCUGGCCGUUUCCCUAUCCCUACCUCCUCCGUAAGUAAUGAGCCAAUGGGCCCCUUUGGAAUAAUUUCUUCUGGACAGUUCGCAUCACUCCGACAAUAUAACAGCAGCGGGCAGAUCAAUUGUCCCAGCACUUUCUUUAAUCAUCCCUCUUACUAUACAAAAGUCGAAGGGCUCCGACCUUCCGCUGAAAGCUAUAACAAACUUUAGACCAUUCCCUGACAACUGCCGUGGAAGUAGGCUUAACCUGUCCGCGCGUUCGAGUGAAAUCGAUAUAACACAAUUCAGUUGUCUAGCUCACGAAUAUUUGACUUUUUUAUUGGUUACAACAACUUGCUCAUUGCUGUACAGUUUAAAUAUUUGUAUUUUUAUGAACUUACCUAUACAAUUCUUACUCUCAGUUUAUUCCUAAAAAGUAACGACAUUGUUUCUUCUAUGGAAUUGAUGGUGAUUUCAAGUUACUGGGACACAAUCCUUUCAGGAAAAGGUGAUAAUUCCCGAAACUUCGAAGUGCGUCAUGUUGUUUUUAUCUAUAGGCGUUUAAUAAUUUCUAAAUGUAGUGCCUGUCCUGCUUGCACAAAUUAGACCCCACACUCGUAAGGAAAAAAAAAUAAUCAAAAGAAAUCGACAUAAACAUGCUGAUGUAAUCAAAGUACGGUUUGUGCUCCAAUUCCUUAGAUUAAAGCUAUCUCCACAUCCCUGCGUUUAACAAAUCAAAACUUCAACAAAUCAAAAUGCCAGUCGGAAAAAUUGGUGCUGUACGGACAAUUAACGUUUCGAAGACUGUUGGACAAAGGUUAGAAAAUAAAUCAGGAUAUUUUAAUGUACUGUAAUUACUUUGAAUGCUGUGGGUUAAUUAUAAAUCUAACAGAUUUUACCCAAGCUCAGCGCCGUUUUUGGUGUCAGUGUCUGUGCUGGGGAUAUUGGCUGCUGCGUUGAUAGGAAUUGCAUAAAGUAUCAAGUUUCCCAUACACCCAUGUGUUCAUUUUCACACAGCUGCACGUGGGUAAAGAAACUGAUUAACCCCAUUAUUACCAUGAUUUAAGGACAAUGAUCAAAGUGACUAAUUUAUUUACUACCUGGACUUAGCGUGUUUAACUCUGGUUAAUAAAACAGAAUGUGCAAGAACCACAGAGAAAAUGCAGGUUUUGAGACGAGUUCAUCUCUCCGGGAUUAAUUUUGAGGUUUGAAAGAAUUUUUAGUAUUUUGCUGUAAAUCUAUUGGAUCUCAUCCCAGUUCUGGCUGGAGUAGCUUAAUGUGAAAAAGAUUGACUAAAAUACAACUACCAGCCUCAGUAUUCCACUAUCUUUUGAUUCAGUUAUUUGGGCUGAAAAUUAGAGAUUGUAAUACAUCAUUAACAGUAUCAACGACCGGCAACUUAACACAAGACACAUGAUAUGUGCAGCGUUUAUCCGAAAACUCAUUGUUUGGAGAUACUUUCAUACAGGUUAAUGCAAUGGAAGUAAUGUGCAUUAUUUUACUCAGUGCAGAAGUUGCAGAAUAUAUAAAGAUUUACACUUAAACAGUGCUGAAGUACGACCAGUUAAUUACUUGAAUUUGUCCUGUUGUAGGAAACAUUGCUGCCGAACUAUGCCUAGCAAGCUUCUAGAAAAGAAAAUUACCAAAUUUAGUGAUACUAAUCAAGGAAUGGAUAUAGGUUGGA